AUGCGUCGCCAUGGCAGGUCCAGUGGCGGGCCUACUAAGGCCGCCUCACCCAUGUCCGACACCGUCUCCCUCAUACAUUCGUUUGAUUCGGUCCUAAACCCAAACCGUCCCGUCCGACCCUCGCCCUUGGCCUCCUCCCACAUCAAAGCUUUGCCGCUAGAGCUGGUGGAUCGAUUGCGCUCCUUCCCGCUGUUUCAGGCCACACCGGAAUCUUUUUUGAUUGAGGUCGGACAGCACCUGCGCCCGCAGCUCCAUGCGCCCAACGAUUACAUUUUGACGGAAGGCGAUGAGGCCAAGGCCAUAUACUGGCUGGUCCGGGGCGCUGUCUCGGUCACAUCCCGAGAUGGUGAGAGUAUAUACGCCGAGCUUCAACCUGGUGCGUUCUUUGGCGAGAUUGGCUUGCUCAUGGACCGUCCUCGCACUGCAACCAUUAUUGCCCGGACUCGAUGCAUGCUGGUCGUGCUCACAAAGGACGAUUUUCGGAACAUAUUGCCCCGAUUUCCUCAGGUUGAACAGGCUAUUCGAGAGGAGGCGCAGGAGCGAUUGAUGAUUUUAGAGAAGAAGAAGAAAGAAACAUCUGCGCCUGCGCUGGAUCUGGAUCCGCCGAGCCCCGCACGGAGGGGCUCAAAGAGACUGCGCGAAAGCUUCUCGAAGGAUUUGGCCGUUGCUGAAGAUGAUGAAGAUCUGAGUGCCAAGUCUGUGUACAAAAAGAGGAAGUCCCCGAGUCCCGGCCGGCGGGAUGGCUCCAGUGCAUUGGCAAACGGAUUGGUGAACGUACGGCUCUUACUGAAAGAGCUUCCCUUGUUUUCAGGUCUACCGGCAGAUAUCCUUCAUUUUCUAGGUCUCAAUGCUCAGCCGCGCUCCUUCCCUCCCUUCACCGACAUCAUACGACAAGACUCCCAAGGCCGCGAACUUUACUUCAUUGUUCGCGGUGAAGUUGAGGUCUUGACAGAAAAGACCGAUCUAAAUCACAUAUCUGAUCACAAACCAAACGGGAUAGAACAGCCAAAGUUUGAGAUCAAAGCCCGAUUAAAGCAAGGUCAAUACUUUGGCGAAGUUGUCAGUCUAGCAUUGGCACCACGACGAACCGCUACCGUUCGGACCGUCACUUCAGUCGAAUGUUUGAUGCUAGAUGGUGACGUUCUUGCUGAGUUUUGGCAGAAAUGUCCCAGUGGUGUACGAGAACAAGUGGAACAAACUGCGCAAGAAAGGCUUCAAGCUGCGGCUGACGGGGACGUCGUCAUGUCAGAUGAGACCGACUCCCAGACUUCUAUCACCGAUCUCGCUCUUGAUGACAGGGUGAAGAUUACUUCCUCACGUCGACGCUCAAUGCCUCUCUUGACACUCACUGAGACCGAGCUUGAUGGUCCGCAUCAAUCUUCCCCAGUGGAAGACCAAGAUCAAGCCGUAUUGCGGCCGUCUGAUCCUGACCCUUAUCUCAGCAUGGGACUGGAUAAGGUGCGGCUACGCAGUCGCCGUGGCUCGGUAGCUCCGCUGACCCCCGAAGAGGUUUCUGGAGAGCACCAGCGCUCGUCUCCCACCGAGCCGCGCUCUGCUGGCUCUUCGACACUCGCUCUUCCAGAAACAGUCAGUUUCUCAAAACCAUACGAACAUGAACGUCCCCGGAAAGACGGCUGCAAUGGUAUCCUUCCAGACAGUGUAUGGUUGAAUAUCUUCCAAUUCCUCGAACUCCACCACCUUCUCCGACUAAGAGCAGUGUCGUCCCACUGGUCUGAAAUCCUGACCAGAUCUCCAGACGUUCUUCGUGAUCUAGACCUUAGCGUCUACAACCGCAGGGUCACCGAUAACGUCCUCGUCAAAAUCAUCUGUCCCUUUGUCGGAAAUCGAGCUCGUUCCGUAAAUGUCAACAACUGCUUCCAUAUCACCGAUGAAGGCUUCACAGCCUUGUCUGCUACUUGCGCUCCAACCACUACUGUGUGGAAGAUGAAGAGCGUAUGGGAUGUUACAGCAUCUGCCAUCCUCGACAUGUCCAGCAAGGCUGUAGGUAUCCAAGAGGUAGACCUAAGCAACUGUCGCAAGGUUGGGGAUACACUGCUUGCACGAAUCGUCGGAUGGGUUGUACCUGCCAAUCAGAAGCCUGCCGAAGGCAAAACUUCAACCAUCAAACCCUCGAUUCAGACAGCAGAAUCCACUGUGUACGGCUGUCCAAAGUUGAAGAAACUCACGCUGUCUUACUGCAAACACGUCACUGAUCGUUCCAUGCAUCACAUCGCGUCUCACGCUGCUGGUCGGAUUGAAGAGAUGGAUUUGACUCGUUGCACCACAAUUACGGACCAAGGGUUCAAAUAUUGGGGAAGUGCUCGGUUCACCAACCUGCGGAAGCUCUGUUUGGCGGAUUGCACAUACCUAACAGACAAUGCUAUCGUGCACCUAACCAAUGCGGCGAAGAACUUGGAGGAGCUUGAUCUGACGUUCUGCUGCGCAUUAUCAGAUACCGCAACCGAGGUCCUCGCCCUACAAUGCUCACAACUAAAAUAUCUAAACAUGGCAUUCUGCGGGUCUGCAAUCUCUGACCCUUCCUUGAGAAGCAUCGGUCUUCACCUCCUUUCGCUCCGACAUCUAUCGGUGCGUGGAUGUGUUCGGGUUACUGGAAUUGGUGUCGAGGCCGUAGCGGAGGGCUGCCACCAACUCGAAAUCUUCGAUGUCAGCCAGUGCAAGAAUCUUUCGCCUUGGAUCGAGGAUGGUGGUGCUGUCCGCUACCAGCCAAAGAUCGAAUUCAAGACUGUUGCUACGAGCAAGAGGCAUCGUCGGUGA